AUGUCUGGCCUAAGUUCCUUUAACGUCGCAACCAAGCCUGGAGAUGUCCUGGACCAAAGCUUACUAUAUCCAAUAUGGCACAGUGCUUGUAAGACCUGGCUUCUGGAGAUGAUCUCCAAACAGAGCAUUGGCUCCAGACCUUGCACCUGCCCGCUCUGUCGAGCAAGGAUCGAAGGGGACAAGUUAAACGUUAACGUAACAGUUAGCGCUUUGAUUGGAAGGAUCCAGGUGCGUUGCACUAAUGUCGGCUGCUCCUGGGUUGGAUUGCAUAGCGAGAAGGAAACGCACAUGGACACUUGCCCCUUCAUGGUUAUUGACUGCCCCAAUGGACCUCGUGGCUGCUUGGUUAAACCAGAGAGGUAUGCCCUGAACCUGCACAUAGCAUCCUGCCCCUUUGGAAAAAUGCCUUGUUUUCAUUGCCACAUAGGAGUGGAGAGAUCAACAGUUGUUAGCCACGAGGACAACUGCCGAGAAAUUCCACGGCCCUGCCCACUUUAG